AUGGCUAAAAUGAUUGCUAAGAAGAAAAAGAGUGUGCUAGUUGAAGAUGAAGACGAAGUUGUACCGGAGUCACCCAUUCAUGAUCAUGAUAUGACUAUUUCAUCACCAAAUAGGGAUUCUCCAAUCAAGUCGAAUGUCGAGGUGACUGGAGAUCUUGAUGGAUGUGUGAAAAUAUUUCAUGUGGACACAACCAUUAAUCAGGGUGAUCAUUCUAAAGAAUCUACUCCUGUGAAGACUAAUGUCAUACCACUCGGAUUCUCGAAUGUUGAAUCAGUUACUGAGGAGGUUCGAACUUUAGGCAUCCCUAUGAAAAUAUCUAAUAUAGACACAAAUGUCAUCAUGGUUAAAGGAGUGCUGAAUAAUGAAGCUUAA